AUGGGACAGAAGGGUUCAAAUUGGGCUCAUCACAUUGCCAAUCUGUCAAAAAUGAAGUGGAGGAGCAGGGUCCAGAAGUGCAUUGUCUGCAGGGGGUCACAUAAAUCCCGAACAUCAAAGGAUGUUUGCCAGGCUGCUCACUUGUUGCUGGGAGUGAAGACCACAACUCCGCUGGAAGGGAAGACCACAACCCCGCAAGAUGGGAAUAGCAAUUCAGUGUUGUUUGAUGCCUGUCUCCUCGCGUCGGAGUCGAACAAAUUGGAGACGACCGCAAGGUGGGAAUUGAUUAACAAGGUUUGGGCAGAGGCACUUUUGUAUGCAGCCUACAGCUGCGAAGGCUAUGAACACUCUAAGAGGCUGAGCGAAGGAGGGGAGCUUUUGAGCCAUGUCUGGCUUCUCCUGGCACAUUUCGGCAUUUCCAAGCUGGUCAAUACCUCCGAACGCCAUGUUACUGUCAAGCUCCUCACGAAAUAA